AUGCUGGCAGUGUUUGAUAAGACUGUGGCCAAAAGCCCUGAGGCUCUGCAGAGCCCACAUAUUGCAGAAUCGGCGUUUGCACUCAAAGAUGGAUCCUUGGCUAGCCAUUUCUCGUCCCUGAACCCUGGCUCUGUCAUUAUUAAUCUCGGUUCAUGUGGGUUCGUGUCAUACUCUUCUGAUAAGCAAAACCCUCUUCUUCCAAGACUGUUCGCUGUUGUGGACGAUAUAUUCUGCGUGUUCAAAGGCCACAUUGAGAAUGUUAUGCAUCUCAAGCAGCAGUAUGGAUUAAACAAGACAGCAAAUGAAGUGAUCAUUGUUAUUGAGGCUUACAGGACUUUAAGGGACAGAGGUCCUUAUCCCGCAGAUCAAGUUGUAAGAGAUAUUCAAGGGAAGUUUGCAUUCAUUCUCUAUGACAGCUCAUCAAAAGCCACAUUUGUUGCAGCUGAUGCUGAUGGGAGUGUACCAUUUUUCUGGGGAACUGAUUCUGAAGGUCAUCUCGUGCUCUCUGAUGAUGGAGAAGUUGUGAAGCAAGGCUGCGGAAAAUCUUUUGCUCCAUUCCCCAAGGGAUGCUUCUUCACUUCUUCUGGAGGUCUACGGAGUUAUGAACAUCCCAUUAACGAGUUGAAGGCAGUCCCGAGAGUGGACAGUUCGGGCGAAGUGUGUGGUGCAACCUUUAAGGUGGACUCAGAGUCGAAAAAGGGAAAAACUGGCAUGCCUAGAGUCGGAAGUGAUGCAAACUGGUCUCAACAUAUAUGA